AUGUUUCUUGCUAAAUUGUUCCAUCGUAAAACUCCGGACUCAGAAUUAAAAUCUAUAAAAAAUGAAAAUAAUACAUUAUCUCCAUCAGAAAAAUCAGAAUUUCCAAAUCACAUCAAUCAAAAUUUAGUUUAUCCAUUCCAUACCGAAAAAGCAACGAGUUUUCCUCCUCCACUUUUGUUAGAUGCAGCAGUGCAUGCUAAUCCUCAAACUAUUGCAACAAAAUCUGAAAAUCCAAAGAAUUUGUUUCAAAUCAAAAAUGCAUAUGAAAAGAUAAUUAAUAUGAAUGAUAGGAAAGAGAAUAGAGAUAUUAAGAAGGAAAACAAAGACAUUAGAAAAGAUAUAAGAAGAGAAAACAAUGAUAUUAAGAGAGAAAAUAACGAUAUUAGAAGAGAAAUCAAGGAUAUUAGGAGGGAAAACAACGAUAUUAGAAGAGAAAAUAAUGAUACUAGGAGAGAAAAUAACGAUGCUAGGAGGGAAAGCAAGGAUAUUAGGAGGGAAAACAACGAUAUUAGAAAAGAAAGCAAGGAUAUUAGAAGAGAAAACAACGAUAUUAGGAGGGAAAUCAAUGACAUUAGGAAGGAAAUCAACGAUAUUAGAAGGGAAAAUGAUGUUAGGAGAGAAAAUGAUGUUAGAAGGGAAAAUGAUGUUAGGAGAGAAAAUGAUAUUAGAAGGGAAAAUGAUGUUAGAAGGGAAAAUGAUGUUAGAAGGGAAAAUGAUGUUAGAAGAGAAAAUGAUGUUAGAAGGGAAAAUGAUGUUAGAAGGGAAAAUGAUGUUAGGAGGGAAAAUGAUGUUAGGAGGGAAAGCAACGAUGUAAGGAGGGAAAUCAAGGAUAUUAAGAGGGAGAUCAACGAUAUUAAAAGAGAAAAUGAUAUUAGAGAAGAUGAAGUGAAAGUUGAAAUCGAAGAUGAAGUCGAAGAUGAAAUGGUGGAUGAAAUUGAAGAUGAAAAAAUAUAUUUGGAUGAGUACGAUAUUUGCAAUUUGCAAACUUGUCCAAAGAAAGAAUACAUUUCUGAAAUUUGUGAAAGUCCUUUAAUAAAAGAAAUUGUUAAAUGUGAAUCAGAUUGUAAAAUCAGUCCCAUAAAAUUAACACAAAUGAUCAAUAGUUCGAUUAAAGAAGCGAUGCAGACUAUUGUGGAGCAAUGUAGAAUGAAAGAAGAAAAGAAUCUUGAUAAGAAGCCAGAAGAAAAGAAUCUUGAUAAGAAACCGGAAGAAAAGAAUCUUGAUAAGAAGCUGGAAGAAAAGAAUCUUGAUAAGAAUCUGGAAGAAAAGAUUGAUAGAUCAAUCUGUUACGUUAAGAAAAUUCCAGUAAAGAUCAAGCGUGAGCAUCGAGCACGUGGGAUUCAGGCAAAUCAAGAACAUCACAAUAAUCGUUGCAAAAUUACAAAAUCGAAUCGUCUUCAAGAAAAAUAUAACAUUGCUCGUAUGAAUCUUAAAAAAUUACACGAAGAACAUGUAAAACGUUUGCGUAAAAAAAAGAAAGCACUUGAAGAGGAAAAAAAGAAAAUCACGAAACAAUCAAAACGCUCAAAAUCAUCGAAUAAUUUGAAAACUGAUAAUCGUAAAAUGACUGGAAAUGUAAAUAUUUAUAUCUGUUCGGAAGCUACUGAAAAUGCUCAAGAAAAAGGUAAGAAACAAGAAAAACCUCAACCGUGCGCUGAAUCUAGUUCAGAAACAACGACAGAAUCAUCAAAAAUUUCGUCGAGCAAGCUUGUUACUUGCAUUCGAAAUAAACGUAAAAAAUCUGUAGAAAAUUCAUUGGACAGUCUCUCGAAGGAAGACGAAAGUAAUAAAAGUAAUGAUACCAGUCUUAUAUGCAGUUGUAGUUCCAAAUUUUCAGAUUCGAAGAGCACGAUAAAAGUAGAUAGUAGUGAUAUUCUUGAAAUUUGUCACGAUCUUGAUAAAGAUGAAAGUAGCUCGACAACAAUCGAAUCUACUUUGAUCGAGUGUAAAUGCAAAGACGCAAGUGUUAGCGAUGUAUGUGUGAAAAAAUCUUCCGAUACGCUUUCUGAAAGGCCUAAAUAUAUCGUAUGUGACAAAAUAGAAAAACCUUGCUCCACGAUAUAUCCUAAAAAAAAUUUAUCGGAUUCAGAAAGUGAAGGAUGGUCUUCAAAAUCGACUAACAGCAAUCGAGACAUAAAAUGUUUUUUACCUGAUUCUUGGUCAGAAGAAUUAGAUCCUAAUAUGAAUUAUCAUACUUGCGAAAGUGAAACGAAACAUACUAAAAUUAUUAAAAGUUUAUGCAAAUGUCGCAAAAAAGAUCAAAAAUUAAAUAGUAAAUAUAAUAUGCGAUGCAAAUAUUGUCGUAAAAGGCGUUCAUCUAAAAUAAUUGAUAAAGAAUCAUUGUUAAUUUGUAAGUGCAUAACAGAGGAGGAAGAGGAAGAAGAAGAAAAAAAAUCCAUAAAAUGUGUACCAUGUCCGAAAUAUUCAGAAAAUAAAUUUAUAAAGUCUGUACCAUGUCCAGAAUAUUCUGAAAAUAAAUUUAUAAAGUCUGUACCAUGUCCAGAACAUUCUGAAAAUAAAUUUAUAAAGUCUGUACCAUGUUCAGAAUAUUCUGAAAAUAAAUUUAUAAAAUCUGUACCAUGUUCAGAACAUUCUGAAAAUAAAUUUAUAAAGUCUGUACCAUGUUCAGAACAUUCUGACAAUAAAUUUAUAAAGUCUGUACCAUGUUCAGAACAUUCUGAAAAUAAAUUUAUAAAAUCUGUACCAUGUCCAGAAUAUUCUGAAAAUAAAUUUAUAAAGUCUGUACCAUGUCCCGAAUAUUCAGAAAAUAAAUUUAUAAAAUCCGUAUCAUGUCCAGAAUAUUCUAGUGACAAAUCUGUUGAAUGUGUACCAUAUCCAGAAUAUUCUGAAAACAAAUUCAUAAAAUCUGUACCAUGUCCAGAAUAUUUUGUCGACAAAUUUAUAAAAUCUGUACCAUGUUCAGAAUAUCCUGAAGAAAAAUACGUAAAAUCUGUACCAUGUCCAAAAUAUCUUGUCGACAAAUUUAUAGAAUGCGUACCAUGUCCAAGCAAAUUAAAGAAAGAAUAUCCUGAAGAAGAAAUAGAAAUAAAAAAGGAAGAGGUGGAGGAGGAGGAAGAGGAGGAGGAAGAAGAGGAGGAGGAAAAAGAAGAAGAAAAAGAAGAAAAGGAAGAGGAAGAAGAAAAGGAAGAAGAAGAAAAAGAAGAAGAAGAAGAAGAAAAGAUAGAGGAGGAAGAAGAAAAGGUAGAGGAGGAAGAAGAAAAGGAAGAAGAAGAGAAAGAAGUGGAAGAUGAAGAAGAAAAAGAAAAAAUAGAAAAAGAAAAAGUAGAGAAGGAAAAAAUAAAGGUAGAAAAAGAAAAAGAAAAAGAAAAAAUAGAAAAGGAAGAGGAAAAAGAAGUAGAAAAGGAAAAAGAAGAAAUAGAAAAGGAAAAAGAAAAAGUAAAAAGAGAAAAAGAAAAAAUUGAAAAGGAAAAGGAAAAAGUAAAAAAAGAAAAAGAAAGAAUUGAAAAGGAAAAAGAAAUAGAAAAGGAGAAAAAAAAAGAAGUAGAAAAAGAAAUAGAAAAGGAAGAAGAAAAAGAAAUAGAAAAGUUACUAAAUAAAGAUAUACCUGUUUUGUCAAAUCAAGAUAAAAUAACAAUACAUAAAAAUAAUGAAAAGUCUGAAAAGAUACUUGAACCUCGAAAAUCUAAAGAUAUCACUAAAGCUCAAAAAGAAAUAUUAAAAAAACCUGAAAAACCUCGAGAAUCUCGAGACAUUCCUCAAGACAAAGCUCAAAAAGAGAUAAUAAAAAAACCUGAAAAACCUGCCAUUCAAGAAAAAAAAGAAAUUAAACCUAAAGUAACUGAAAUAAAAGAAGAAGAAAAACCAGUUAAAAAAAUACAUCUCGAUGUAUGUUCCGAAAAAGAAACUACCACGGUAUGUACAAAAUCUUCCGGAAUGGAAUCUCAUACGAUAUGUACAGAUUCGAAUUAUGAAAAGUAUUCAAAUACUCACGAAUGUGUUACUACCAAAAAAAGUAGAUGUAGUUGUUGUUAUAAUGCACCCGUACAGAAAUAUGAUACCGAACCUACAAAUUAUCUUAAAAGUUGUUUAAAAAUGGAAAAGCAAUGUUAUCAUACCAAUUCUCAAGAAAGUGCUCGUCCAAAUUCAUAUUACGAUAGAAAUUGGGAUGAUUGUAAUUGUAGAAGAAAAAUCCUUUGCAACGGUUCUUGUAGAUCACGAAAUUCAGAAUUCAGUUACAGACAGACAGAUUCUUACGCAGAUUAUAUUAAAUCUCAAAAUAAGUGGAAUUAUAAUAAAUCAAUUAAAAACAAUUCUGGAUAUAUGAAAUCUAUGUUUUGUCUUUAUUGCGAUAAUCCUCGUGAAAAAUGCACGUGUAGGGCGCCCGUACGAAAGUGUUCGUACUGUCAAUUGCCCAUAGAUUUGUGUACGUGUAAAAAUCAGGAAAUAAUACACGAUGGAAGAUCGAUCAUGAAUGAAUCUGAUAACGAUCGUACCAUGUACGUUACGGCAUGGAAGCCCAGAGAAGAAGUACGGCGUUACUUUUCCAGAAAUUUAAUCGAACAUGAAACCGAUUCUAUGAAUGAAUGCCGUUAUUGUGAAAAACUUAAAUCGCAUAAUUCUGAUCUACCUUAUCAACGAUUGAGCGUAUUUUCCGACGUGAUGGAUGAAUUACAACAAAAAAUAAGCGCGUCUACAUGUUGUACACGAUGUAAAAAAAUUCCUUGUUGUUGUAACAUAGAGAAAAACGAGAUAAGAGAGGAUAGAAAGAUAAAAUAUUGCAUCAGUCCUAAAACGCGGCGAAAAAUCAUCGCAGUAUGUAUUGAUAAAUCGAAAAAUAAAUUACCUACUAUUUGCAAAUGCGAAUCGAAUCACACGAGAAGUGAUAAACAGAAGAAAAUAAUAGUAAUUUGUCGUGUUUGCAAAGCAUCACCUUGUAGAUGCAAGAAGAACAAAUCGACUCAGAAAAAAUUAAAAGUGAAAUGUUAUUAUUGCAAAAAUUCGCCUUGCGACUGCAUUACGGCCAGAGAGCGCAACAAGUCGAGGCCAUGCAGGUGCAUUGAUUCACCUUGUCGUACGAAAGAAAAGGAAAGCGUUCCAUGUGGAAAAACAUCCACGAAACCGAAGAACAAUGACGAAAAGACAAUUUGUGUGCACUAA